AUGAAUCAUGAGAUUAUGAAUAGUAACGUUGAAGAAAUGAUAAUGUAUAGUGAAUUGAAUAAUAAUGAUCUUAAUUCUACUUUUCAAACUAAGACCUCGACUAGUCUAAUAUUUCAAAAUGAUCCUUCAUCUAUUCUUCAAAAAUAUCAUAAAAAUUGUAUUUAUAUUAAAAGUUCAAAUAUUAAUAAACAUUGUUCUAAUGAUGAGAACAGUAAAAUGAAGAAUAUAUCAAAUCAAAUUGAAGAACAACAAACAAAAUCAUCUUGCUGUACGCGUUCAAUAUCUACACAAACAAUGAUUGAAAAUAAUCCUUCUAAAUCACAAUAUUCUUCAUUAAAUAACUGUAAUACUAAUAUACCAUUAAAAGUAAUUAAUUUAUUAUUAAAGUCAAGAGAUAAUUCUUCUUCUAAAAAGUUACAACAAGAUAUUUCAUCAUCUAUAAAUGAUAGUAGCAAUUAUUCAACAGCAAAAUUUCAUCAGAAUGCUCAAAAUUUAUGGUGUAGUUAUUGUACAAAUCGAAUACAUCUAUCAAUUCAACAACAUUCACAAGAAAAAAUACAAAUAUUAAUUGAUCCAUACGCUUUAUUAGAUCGUACCGAUCAGGGAUUAAAUUUUCUAAAAUUUCUCUAUAAACAAAAUUUAAAAUUAGAUUAUAUUUAUUCAAUAUUUCUUGAAAAUUUACAAAAAUAUACCGAUAAUUUUUUGUAUUCAUUACAGUAUGAACACUGUUUAUAUUCCAACUAUCGAAAAGAUAUCAUAUGGUAUAUGACAUUACUGCAAGAAAAAAUCAAUAAUUUAUUUGUUAAAAUUCGUAUUUUACGACAAUGUAAUAAAAAUUUUUUAAAUUUUCAAAAAUAUUUUACCGAAAUAAGCCGUACAAAAUCGAAACAAAAUUUAAAAACAUUAUUAAAGAAACAUGAUAAAUAUAUAAAACAAGAUUUAAUCAAUAAAAAUCCAAUAAAAUUUCAAAAAUUCUAUGAAGAAUUUAUGAAUAUUUAUCAAACAAAUGUUGUACAAUUAAGAACAUUAGAACAACAGCGUCUAAUGACGAUUCGAGAACAAAUGCAUUUUGCAAUGAAUUUAACAACAAUGGAGAAUACAUUAAAUUCAGUGUUGACAGGUGCCAACAAAGAAAUGGAUAAUAUGAAUGAUUCAACAAACGAAUGGAAUUUGUUUAAAAAUAAUUAUGAUGAUCUUUUAAACUAUUGGGAGAAGCAUCAUACAAUAACGGUCAAUAAUUGCACAAAAACUCAAUUUGUUCACAAAACAAUGAACUAUCAUGAAUCGAACUUAUUAAAUGAAAUAAAAGAUGCUGUUAACGAUUAUUACAAUAGAAAACAACAUAAAAAUUGUGAAACAAUUGUUAAUAAACGUACAACAUUAGAACGUUUUUCGGAACGUUUAAAAACAAUCGAUAACAAUGAGAAUAUGAUAAGACAAAUUAAUUCUGUUAAACGAGUUGAAUCAGUUGCAUCUAAUCUAUCAUAUAGUCAAGCGUGA